UUAGCCUUUUAUAAUCUUCCGUUUUAUUUGUGCAUCUUGAAAGAUAGACGCCAUUGUCCUCAGCAUGUUAGAAACUUAGAAUUAUGGUUGCUGCAGCUCAAGUACAAUUUUUAGUUUGCUCUUCUUGAAUUUUGACUUUUUGGGUACUCAAAAAAGUGAAAUUAGAGAAUAAUACUAUGUGAAAAGUAAACGAGGAAAUUUUGAGAGCAAUGGAAUUCUUCAUCUUAGAAUUAUAAUUUUACAUCAGGGAUGCAUCAGUUUUUAUGUAGAAGAAAGAAAGAUAAAACCAUGGAAGUUAUGCUGAAAUAGAUUUCAUCCUAAUAACAAGAUAUUCUGAAAGUCCACUCUACUCCUUAAUUUUUGUAGCAUAUGUUGGCAGCUUGUAUCUUGGUAUUGGCACGGUCUUGUAAUUUUUGUCAGAUUGUUUGCUUAUCUUGAUAACUUGCUUCUCCAUUAAAGGAUUUCCUUACUGUAGCAUUUGAUCUCUCUUUCACAACUUGCUUGUUUGAUUAUUUCCCUUACCAGAAAGGAAGAAACAUUUAUGGACAAUGUUGCCCAAUAUUAUGAAUUAUGUACCCAGCAAUGUACUAGUGAUUUAUAUUCUGUAUCUUCCAUCAGAUGGGAUAAGAAUUCGUUGCCUCUGUUGUUGUAUGCACGAAUUACUAUUUUCAAUCAACACCACCUGUAAAAGUUUGAAUUGAAUAUAUUAAUUCAUCUUUUAUUUUCCAAGCUAUCAGUAAAAAUACCCAAAACCUCAAUAUUACGAGUUAAAAUCAUAUAUUUUUAAUAUACUGAGCAUGGUGUUUAUUGCAUAUGGAAUUCUUUAGACAGUAGAAUUCAUAUUCAUUUAGUCAAUAUCUAUUUCUUCUGUGUUAAAUUGUCUGUUCUGGAAUUAGUGCAGAAUUUUUUAUGCUUUAUAAGAGGAUUGAUUUAGAAGAAUUCGAUUCCAAGGAAAAAGAGAAGCAAUUUGCAGGUUCAAUAGUUUCAACUUCCAGGAAAUAGAAAGAGUUCAGUUUACACUGUCUGAGUAGAAAAUUUGGCCAUAGACUUUUCACUAUGGCAGGAUUGGAACUCAUACCCAUAGGUACAAUUUUGACAGUGGUAACUAACCAAGUCUUGAAAACAGCUUCCGCAGCAUCUGAUGUUCUUAUUGGUAAAGAAAGUUUCAAGGCUCUUUCAAAACAUCUAUUAGAUAUUGAGCCAGUGCUAAAGGAAUUACAACUUCAAGAAUUGAACGACUCUCAAGCCGCAAGAGUUGCUCUGGACUCUCUUGAAGCAGAUGUUAAGGAAGCAAAUAAUUUGGUGGAGAAGUAUAAGAACCGUGGCCGUUUUUACUUGCUAGUUAAGUGCCGAUCCAUAGUUAAGGAGGUUGAACAAGUCACCAGGGAUAUUGGAAAGUCUCUGGCUGCAUUGUCUAUUGCAAAUACUGAAGUCCUAUCAAGAAUUUCUGAUCAGGUCAAUAGACUACAAAAUGAGAUGCAAAGGGUGGAGUUUGAGGCUUCACAAUCUCAAAUUCAAAUUGUUGACAAGUUGAACGAGGGACUCAGAGAACAGAAACUAGAUCAGGCUUUUGCAAAUUACAUGGUAGAGGAGAUAGCAAGGGCAGUUGGGGUUCCAGUGGAACCCUCAGAGAUAAGCAAAGAGCUUGAUAGCAUUAGGAAGGAAAAAGAAGAAGCUGCCCAAAGGAAAGAAAGAGCUGAAUGUGUUUUUUUGGAGCAGAUCAUUCAGUUACUCUCUAGAGCUGAUGCAGCAAGGGAUUAUGAAGAAGUGGAGAGGCAAUACUUUGAAAGGGUUAAGGUGAUAGAGAGAUAUGAUUCAAGGGAAAAGUAUAUCCCCCCACUCAAUCCUUUCCUUUGUUCGAUAACUGGAGCUGUUAUGGAAGAUCCUGUCAGCCUUUGCACUGGUACUACUUGUGAGAGAUCUGCUAUUGAAGCUUGGUUUUAUGAUGGCAACAGGACAGACCCAGAAACUAAAGAGGAUCUUGAAGAUACUACCUUGAGGUCUAACAUUCCUUUAAGACAAUCCAUUGAAGAGUGGAGAGAACUUAAUUACUGUCUGAUAAUUAGGUCUAUCAGGGAAAAUUUAUUAUCAAAUUCUGACCUGCAAGAAUCCCUGAGCCAAAUGCAGGCUCUAGUAAGAGAGAAUUCUAUUAACAAGGAUUGGAUUUCUAUAGGAGAGCUUACUGAUAAUGUUAUCUCUAUCCUUGGGAGAUCUGAUGACAGAGAAGUGAAGAUGAAGAUUUUGAUAACUUUGAAGGAUGCUGUAGAGGGGAAUACAAGAAAUAAGGAGAAAGUGGCUGAAUCUCAAGGAUGGGAUCACAUUAUUUCUUGCUUAGGGAGUGACUCUAGCAUUUCAAAGGCAGCAAUUAAUUUGCUAUAUGAGUUGCUUCAAGAACAAUCUGGUUGGAAUCAAUGUCUCUGCAAAAAGCUUUCUGAAAAUCGCACUGCAAUUUGGUCCCUUGUUUCCCUUCUAAAGAAUUCUAUCAACCCCUCUUCUGAGGUAGCAGAAAAGAUUUUGAUGAUGGUUUUUGAACUAAAUGAGGAAAGCAUUACUAUUGCUGCUAAUCUUGGCUGGUAUAAACCACUUGUUGAUCGCAUGAUUCAAGGACCGGAUUCAAGAAUUUCAAUGGCAAAAGCAAUAGUUAAUUUGGAGUUGAGUGAUUUAAACAUGAAACUCCUUGGCAAGGAAGGAGUUAUACCUCCUUUGCUAGAAAUGCUGUCGGGCAGUAUUGAAUCAAAAGACUUGUCAUUGUCAGCCCUGGUUAAAUUAGCAGGAUCUCAUGCCAAUAAGGGAAUAAUCGCAGCAUCUGGAGGAGUUCCUCUUAUUCUAGAUUUAAUGUUCUCUCCUCGGCCACUGACAUUCAUUAUCAUCAAAUGCUCUGAAAUCAUUGAGAAGCUUUCUUCAGAUGGUAAUGGAAUUGAUUUCUUUGUUGAUGGAGAAGGCAAAGAACUUGAGUUAGAUUCUAUCAUCACCAAUUUGCUAGCUUUGCAGCAGAUUUCCCACCAUGAUCACAACAUCCGUAAGCAUGCACUGCGUGCACUUCUUGGCAUUUGCAAGUUUGAGACUGGUUUGGUUAAGAAAGCAAUUCUAGCAGCCAAUGGUGUAUCUCUAAUUCUUCCACUUCUUGAUGACUCUGACUCAGAGAUCAGGGAGACUUCCAUAAUUCUUCUCUUUCUUUUCUCGCAACAUGAGCCAGAAGGAGUAGUUGAAUACCUCUUCAGGCCUAGAAGGCUGGAAGCCUUGAUUGGAUUUCUUGAGAAUGAAGAAAAUGAUAAUGUGCAGAUGGCUGCUGCUGGUUUACUUGCUAACCUGCCAAAAUCAGAACGAGAACUCACUAUGAAGUUGAUUGAGCUGGGAGGACUUGAUGCAAUCAUAAGCAUUUUGAAAACUGGCAAAAUGGAAGCAAAAGAAAAUGCUCUCAGUGCACUCUUCAGGUUCACAGACCCUACAAACAUUGAGUCACAGCGAGAUUUGGUUAAACGAGGGAUUUAUCCUUUGCUUGUGAAUUUUCUCAACACUGGCUCGGUCACAGCAAAAGCAAGAGCAGCAGCAUUCAUUGGUGAUCUUUCCAUGAGCACUCCAAAGCUCACAGUUGUUCCCAAACCAACUGGUUGCUGGCUUUUCAGAUCAUCUCGUGUUCCUUUGUGUCCAGCACAUGGGAGUGUAUGCAGUGCCAACACCACGUUUUGUCUCUUGGAAGCAAAGGCUUUACCUGGCUUGAUAAAGUUGUUGCAUGGGGAGGUUCAUGCAACUGCUUAUGAAGCAAUACAAACACUUUCCACGUUGGUUUUGGAAGACUUUCCUCAAAGAGGAGCUCGUGUUUUGCAUGAUUCAAAUGCAAUAAGAUCCAUAUUGGACAUUUUGAACUGGGGAACUGAUUCUCUCAAAGCAGAAGCUCUAGGACUAUUGGAGAAGGUGUUUGUGUCAAAGGAAAUGGUUGAAUACCAUGGAACAACAGCUAGAUCACGUCUAAUUGGUUUGACUGGCAUGAAUAUAUAUGGAGAUGGCCACCUCAGGAAAAAAGCUGCCAAGGUACUAUCAUUGCUUGAACGAUACUCAAAGUCGUCAUCAUCUGCAAUCUCUGGAGUUCUGGAGUGAAACUAUACUCCCUUAAGUAGUAACUGUUUGUUUCAACUCUAUUCUAAAUUUCUAAUUAACUUUCUUAAUUUGUUGGGUAUUUGUAAAUUAACCUACAUACAUGCAUGUCAUGCAGUCCUUCUUGGAUAUUGGUGUUGACCAGAUGGCUAAUUCUUCAAUAUAAAGUUCCUCUUGAAAUUCAAAUAAAUUCUCUUUACUUUUCGUCUCUUUGUAUUGUACUCUUACCUUUUCUGUUUUAUUUUUGAGAAAAUAAUGUAUGUACCGGCCAUGUAA